UGCAUCAAAUGUGCGUUUAUUGACAGGAUAACAGGAUUUAUGAUCGACGCUUAUAUAUACCAAAGCCACACAAAUACUUUUAUUGUUAGCUGAGAUAAGAAAAUACUGACACAAACAUACUGUUCCAUGAGCAGUGCUCGUAUAUUUGUUGAAACAAUAAAAAAAACAAGUCAAUAAAUGACAAAUAGUACAGUUAAAACACAACAAGUGCCGCUUUAAGUGCCUAGUGUUUCAUAUGAACGGCAUUCUUUCUACAGCCGUUUCUGUUUUAUAAAUAAUUCAACAUUUGUAAUCAUCAUCCCCCCGAUGUGUGCUUUUAAUUUCACAAUGGCAACUCGAGCUGUCAAAAAUGUUUCCCGCUGAAAUUGCACUACUACUCCAAAAGGAAAAUGUAAACAAAAUAUAUGUGCAAAAUUUUGUGCAUGUGUGAGCAUAGAGUCCAGACUAGAUUUGUGAAAUCUCUGCAGAAACUUAUAGGAAAAUGAUUCAUAAGCCACCAAUAAUAAAGAUUCGCAAUUUGAAAGAGUUGCAGUGCAGUCAGAAAGCCAAAGCCGAGUUGGAAGACCCAAAUGCAACACCUAUAAAGGCAAAGAAACCACGCCGCAAAGCUGCCACUACUGGAACCAAAGCAAAGAAAGUUACACUUCCCAACGAAGAGAUAGAACAAGAACGGCACACACCCAAGGUAGAGAAUCCUGACGUGGCACCUCCACCGGCUGCAUCCACUGUUAAACGUUUGUCAAAAUCCGCCCGCAAGGAGCCACCGCCUAGUCAAUUGCGCAUCAAUAUCUUCUUCAAACCAUGCGAGAAAACUUACAAAAUUGAGCCCUUGAAAGAGCAACCAACACCUUUGCGUAAGGCAGCUACCGAAAUUAAGAAGCAAGUAUCGAAAACGACAACCACAAAGAAAAAUGGAAAAGUAAUAAAAAACAGACGCUCGAAAAUGGGUAGAAAACGGUUGUUCACUGACAAUGAUACAUCGUCAACAAUGAACAGUGAUUCUGAUACCUCCAAUCAAAAGAGAGCAAUGUCAGCGAAGGAGAAAGGCAGCUCCAACAUAACGGAAGUAUGCAUAAAUCUGAUAUCGGAUAGUGAUGACGAUGAUGCUUUUGAGAAGAAAACAAUAAAAAUUGAGAAGAAAGAGAAUUCUGUUGAUGCUAAAACAAGUGGUAAUAAUUCCCGCGUUUCCCGCAGUUCAUCCGUUACGUAUAACGGUGUGAGUAAAACGCAUACCGUGACUACUACAGCUCCUAUGGCUUGCGAUUCGGGAACUUCGAAAGCCCACAUUUCUCCAAAUACAGCCACCUCAACGUCAUCACCAACUGCAACGAUAGCAGCUGUAAAAACACCGGCCACUACAAGAAGGAAACCCAAACCCUGCCCGCCUUAUAAAAUCAUUGAAGGUAGUACCUUUGCUGUGGACGCCUUUCAAUAUGGCUACAUUGAGGGUGUCACUCAUUACUUUCUAACGCAUUUCCAUGCUGAUCAUUACAUAGGAUUGACAAGAAAAUUUGCCAUGCCUUUGUUUAUGAGCACCAUAACAGCCCGCUUUGUAAGAGCUUUCAUACCCAUAGACGAAAAAUAUAUUCAUGAAUUGGAACUGAAUACUCCGAUUGAUGUGAAUGGCAUCGAAGUAACUGCCUUGGAUGCCAAUCAUUGCCCUGGCGCCAUAAUGUUGCUUUUUAAAAUUAAAUCUAGCAGCCAGUGUAUUCUCCACACUGGAGAUUUCCGUGCCUGGCAUGGCAUGGAAGAGGAGCCUGUCUUUUGGAAUAAUCACAUAAACACCAUCUACUUGGAUACCACGUAUCUGUCACAAAAAUAUGCCUUUUGUACUCAAUACGAGAGCAUUGACAGGGCCAAACAUUUGGUGCAAGAGUUCCAAGCAAAACAUGCCGGCAAGAGUAUACUCUAUAUAUGCGGUUCCUAUGUCAUUGGCAAAGAGAGAUUUUGGUCAUCAUUGGCCGAGGAAUUCGCGCUGAAAGUAUGGACAGAGGAUAAUCGCAGCAAAGCUUUGAAAGCCAUGAACGACAAACAUUUGAAUCAGUUGCUAAUUGAAAAUCCCCUAGAGGCUGACAUGCAUGUCAUAGCUAUGGGCAAAUUAUCAUAUAUGAGUUUGGUCGAUUACUUUGCCUUGUACCAGCAACGCUAUGAUAUAUGCCUAGCAUUACGUCCCAGUGGCUGGGAAAAGGAUACACGUCCACAAUAUCGUGGAACCAUAAAUAUAAUCGGCGUUGAGUAUUCAGAACAUUCCAGCUAUGAGGAAAUGAAGCGUUUUGUUAAAUUUCUUAAGCCUGACAAUGUCAUCAGUACAGUUCCCACUGGCCGGGAUCUGAUGAAAACAUCGAAAGUACCCGAAAGCUGGUACAAAUACGAGAAGCUACAACAAUCGAGUAACUAUCAGCCACGUAUAGAACAAUAUUUGAGAAAAAGCACACCAAUGCGUAAAGCUAUUAUACGUGGUCCCAAUCCAAAUAAAGGUGGCAUAGAAAGCGCCGUUUCACCACUUUCCAUGAAAAAUGUCCGAAAUAAAAGGGAAAAAGAUAAGAAUAACAAUUGCGAAGAUUCAAAUAGUGUGAUUAUGACCAAUUCCCCUGCAAAAAGUACAUCUGCGAAUGAGUUUGAAAACCCCAUGGUAUGGUUGCCUCAAAGCCAAAAGAACAAAGAAAACUCUCAGAAGAAAAUUAAGCAAGAGAAACCCGAGAAAAAUUUGCAUUUAAGGACUUCCAAAGCCAGAAAUGAAGUUCCUCUACUAGUCCCAGAUAAAAAGAAGACUGAUGAGAACUCUGGUAAACAAUUAAAAGAAGGAGAUAAUUGUAGUAUUUACAUAUCCAAUGACUCAUCCGAAUUGUUUGAAAAGCCUAUGCCCAAGGUUGCAUGUCGUAGGCGCAUUAUUUCCUGCAGUUCUGAUGAGGAAUUUGUAGCCAAACCCAACAAAACAAAACUUCGAGAGAAAAGAAAUGCCUUCAAACCCUCCAUGCCUUCUACAGUUGAAGAAAAUGAAGCUGAUUUUGUGGAGAACUCUGUUCGCAGCACAAAGAAGAAGAAAGCUGAUUAUGACAAUUAUUUAGAUGAACAGCCUUGUACCAGCAAAGAGGCUCUACGGCGCUUAGCCAUAUCUAAUCCAUUGUUAAAAUCAACCACCACUUCAUGUGCUUCCACAACUACCUCGGCGAAUGAAGAAGUGCAGGAUUCGCAAGCUUCAGAUGACUUUGAGUUAAUGGCCAGGCCAAUAAGAAACAAAAAUUUAAGAAAGGAUGUAAUACCCUCUUCCCAAACUACUUUCGAAUUAAAAAAUACUCCCAGGCCUUUAAGAAAUAAGUACAAAACUACCCGGCAUGAGGCUAAGCAACAACAUGACUCACAAAAUGACUUUAUACCCGCCUCCCAAACCACUGCCGAUCUGGCAAACACACCCCGACCGUUGAGGAACAAACGCACCAACACCACCCCCUUGACUUCACUAGUCACCAGUCCUGUCAAAAAAGUUACAAGCCCCAAAAAUAAUGCUCCACUCUCACCUAUCAGUGAUGAAGAUGGGUCGCAACCCGAGUUGGUAACACAAAUUGUUAAGAAUACCAAGCAUCUGGACUUUUAUAAUUCCUCACAAAUGAAUGUUAUGGUUCAGAAUUUGCUAUCCAGUCAAAAGCUAGACACAAGCAAAGAUCAUAUUCCCCCCGAACUGUUAUCAGAUAAUGAUGCACUAGAGGGACUCGAUGCCCAAGACGAUUGGUUAGAUUAAGCGGUUGUUGUUAAAGUCUUUUCUAAGGUAAUUGAAUUACCAUAGAGAAAUGUAUGUAUGUAGCAUUUUUGCUUUUAAUACAAAUAUAUUUUAAGUUACAAAACUUAAUUUUUAAGGGAUUUUUUUUAAUUAUUGUCAUCAAUAAACUUGUACCAAAUCAUUAACGUUAA